AUGGAAGUGAGAAAUCACACCAGAGUAUCCGAAUUCUUCCUCCAGGGCCUCUCGGAUGACCCAGAACUGCAGCCCCUCCUCUUUGGCUUAUUUCUAUUCAUGUACCUGGUCACCGUCCUGGGGAACCUGCUCAUCCUCCUGGCCAUCCUCUCUGACUCCCACCUCCACACCCCCAUGUACUUCUUCCUCUUCAACCUGUCUUCUGUUGACAUCUGUUUCAUUUCAACCACUGUCCCAAAGAUGCUGGUGAACAUCCAGGCACAGAGCAAAGACAUCUCCUACACUGGGUGCCUCACUCAGGUGUAUUUUUUUAUGAUUUUCGCUGGAAUGGAUGGUUUCCUCCUGACCGUGAUGGCCUAUGACCGGUUCGUGGCCAUCUGCCACCCCCUGCACUACACAGUCAUCAUGAACCCACGACUCUGUGGCCUGCUGGUUCUGGUGUGUUGGUUCAUCAUUUUCUGGGUCUCCCUCAUUCAUGUCCUACUGCUGAGGCGGCUGACCUUCUGUACAGGCACGGAAAUUCCACAUUUCUUCUGUGAAGUCGUUCAGAUUCUCCAGGUGGCCUGCUCUGACACCCUCGUCAAUAACAUCUUCUUGUAUGUGUCGACUGCCAUACUGGGUGUGUUUCCUCUCACUGGGAUCUUCUUCUCAUACUCUCUGAUUGUCUCCUCUUUAAUGAGAAUGUCCUCUGCAGCAGGAAAAUAUAAAGCCUCUUCAACAUGUGGGUCUCAUCUCUCUGUGGUCUCCCUGUACUAUGGGGCAAGCUUGGGGCUCUAUCUCAGUCCUGCUGGGGCCCAUUCUUCCCAGAGAAGCUCAGUUGCCUCAGUGAUGUACACUGUGGUCACCCCUAUGCUGAACCCCUUCAUCUACAGCCUCAGGAACAAGGACGUGAAGGGGGCCCUGGGAAAACUCCACAGUCGAGGAGCCCUUUGUCCAUGA